AUGGAGACGGUGCUGGAAGAGGUCUUCGAGGUACAGACGCUCCACCCGUACAAGUUCCCGCUCGAGUGGCGGGCCGAGUCGCGCCGGUGGCUCGACCGGACGGGCAACAUCCCCACCUCGCGCUUCUGUGUGUUCCCUAGCACCUUCUCGCCGGGAGACGAGAACGACAUGGGCGACGACCUCAAGCACUACUGGCGCUGGAACCACCCGUGGGUCGUCGACACGACCUAUACGGCGUGCGACCUCGACGGCUGGACGUAUGGCACGAGCAUCUCGGCCAUGAACAAGCACUUGGCCAAGGGCAUAACAAAGGCGAAGCGCCGGCCGCAGGACUUUGUGCGCCGGCGUCGAUGGAUCCGCAUGCGCAUCAAGCUCGCGUCCUGCCAGCCGCCGACGACGCGCGGGUCGUUUGAGACGGACGAAGGCCGGUACUACCGGUCGCUGCGUGUGGACUCGCGCCUCUCGCAUGUGCUACACUGCCGGUCGACGCCGAUCAAUCACAUGCAAAACAUGACAUUCGACAAGAGCAACAUCGUCAUGGAAGGGUGGCUCGGCAAGUGCGGGUCGUACUCGCACACGUGGAAGCUGCGCUACUUCAUUUUGCGGAACGACUUUAACACGCUCGUGUACCUCAAGGAUCUCAACUCGCUCCUGCAGCUCGGACAGGUCUACAUCAAUGGCCACACGUCCGUGUUUGCCAUCACGUACCCGCCGACGAGCAAUUUGCGCCACCAGUUUGCGUUUGAGAUUCUCAACGGCAAGACGCGACUGCGACUCAACGCGCCGAGCGGGCCGACGCGCGCCGACUGGAUGGCUGCGAUCAGCAGCAUGAUCAUCAACCGCCGGUCGUCCUUCAUGAUGGGGGACGGCGACGACGCACUACUUCCCGGCGUCGUUGACGGCUCGUUUCAGAAGCACAAACCGAAAGCGUGGCAGCCCUACUCGCUCAAGGUCUCGUCCACGGUGCGCGAGAUGCCGCACAACAAGUACGUCGAGACGUGUUAUAUCCCACUCGUCCGGCACACCGAAAAGCUCUUUGGCACGGCCAAAGCGUUUGUCUUGAGCAAGCUUCUCGAGCUCGCCGAGGCGUCAUGGCGCAGCCCCAAUGACAUUCGCAUCCAAACUCUUAUUGCGGAGGGCAAGCUCAUUCUCGAAGACCUUGCCCCCGACGUCGAGCGUCUCCGCACCAACGCGGCCGACGUCUUUGAAGGAUUCGAGCUGCGCAUCCAGAGUCUCCAGGCCACCGAGAGUCUCCUUGAGAUCAACCGCGUCAAGGAGGAUCUGUACCAGAGCUGCACCCGCAUCAUUGAGGACAUUUUUGAGUUUCAGUCGGCCACGUCCAAGCGCGUCAUCAACGCCAAACGGUCGGCCUCGGCGCAGCGUCGGAGCUCGAUCCCGACGCAGUGGACACGGCCCGAGGAUCCGUCUUCGACUGGUAGCAGCACCACUGCGCUACCGACCGUGCUCGACGUGCAUGAGAGCAAUUUGAGUCUCACGCGGCUCUCGAGCAGCGCGUCGAGCGACUCGAACGACACGCUCAAGUCGGUGUCGACGUACCGACCGCCGCCGCCGAAGGACUCUAAGCACCUCUUCACGCCGGGCCACAACGGCUCAAGCCACGCAGUAGCGCAAAAGCAGCGCAAGCAAGACGUGCGGCAGGCGCUGCGCCAUCUCUUUGACGACCGCGCGAUGCACCUCGAGAGCGGCGUGCGCAACACGAUUGUCUGGGUCCACGAAGACGACAUGGGGUCGCUCAUUGCGUACACGCUCCUCUCGGCCAUGUACGUGCAGCAGCUCGAGAGCAGCUGUCGGUCCAUCAACGUCGCCGACGAGCUCUUGUCGGCCACCAACUGCAUGAACAAGGCCACCGCGCUGCAGAUCCUCAACACGGCGUCGGCCAAUCACUUCAAGUGCCACGUCGUGCUCCAGCAGCCGACGAUCGAGGCGUCGGAUGUCUCGGCGAUCGGCGACUCGGUCGUCGACGACGAAGGUCGGAGUAUCGUGUGCAUGGUGUACUUUGCAACGCAGUUCCAUGCGCUCCGGCAAAUGUGCCGUCCGGGCAACCGCGCGUACGUCGAGUCGAUCUGCCAGAGCGCAGCGUUCACAACGUCGGGCGGCAAGUCGGGCGCCUUCUUCAACCUCGCGCAUGACCGGCGCUUCAUCCUCAAGGGCGUCACCGCGGCCGAAUUCAACAUGUUUAUCGACUUUGCACCCGACUACUUCAAGUACCUCGGCAAGAGCUUCGAGAACGACGAGCCCUCGUGCUUGGCCAAGAUCCUCGGCGCCUACAAGCUGCGCGUGCCAUCCCAAGGCUCCAAGUGGACCCAUGUCAUCAUCAUGGAGAACGCCAACUUUGGCUUCACAGCCACGCAAAUGUACGAUCUGAAGGGCGUCAUGCGCCGCCGGUACUUGGACCCGAACGACUCGUCGACCUCGACGACGACACGCCGCGUGCUUCCGGAUGGCAACUUUAUGGACCGGAUCCCAGUCCCGAUCCGCGAAGACGAACUCGCGGUCUUUUCCGAUGCAAUCGCGCGCGACGUCGAGUUUCUUGUCAGCGUCGACGUCAUCGACUACUCGCUGCUGCUCUCGUUUGACGAUGGCACGCGCGAGCUGCGCGCCUCCAUCAUCGACUACUUGCACCAGUAUGAUUUUCUCAAGAAAGUCGAGUCGAGUGCCAAGACCAUGUACACGACGCCGACCGUGAUCCCGCCCGAGGCGUACGAGCGCCGGUUCCUCGAUGCGAUGCACCGGUACUUUGUGGGCAUUCCCGAGACGGUGAGUGCGCGCAACGGGUCGGACCCGCUGCAGCAACGGUCCGAGAGCGACAGCGACCGAACGCUGCCGACAACCGAGCGCCCCCCGCGCGCCCUCAGCGACUGUGCCGACCACGCGGCGACGCUCGUCCUGUCGACGCGAUAACAGCAACACGGUGAGGGAUACACCACCA